UAUUCUGUGAUGAUUAGACAUAAGUUGAUUUAAAAUGACAAAAUUUUCAACAUUUAUUACAGCAUAAUUUGCCUUAAUUAGUUACAACUUUGAUCAUUUUUUAAAUAUUCUGUGAUUUGUCUUAAUCAUAUCUUGUCUUAAAAUUUAUUUUCUUCUCUUGUUCCACUUUACAAAUUUUUCACUUGUUUACCAUCAGCAUCAUUUGUCAAAUUUUACUUUAUUUAGACCGAUUUGAACGGAUAUUUGACUAAAGCCAAUUAAUAAUCAUGGCCUGUGACUUAAGUGAUCACUCAACACCAGUUGUAGCCUCUGUUUUAGUAUUGACAGAAUCUCCUGUGGAAGAUUCUGAUGAUAGUACAGAAUCUGAGAUGAUACCUGCUUCUAAUCGUUUCAUCUGUGGUCAACCAGCUCAAUCGUAUAGUCCCUACAAUCGUCAUCUACCUUAUGCUUCUGUUCUUGAAGAAGAAGCAGCCAAUUAUUUCAAAGAAAUUAAGGCAAACUUGGGAAAAUGUUUACUCCUGUCCGUUCACAAAACUGAUUGUGUUAGUGAGGUAAAAUAUUACCUUGCUCUGUAUGAGCAAUAUUUUACCAAAGAAGAUCAUAUACUGUUAAUCAAAUUGUUUUUCCAAGCCAUGCAAAUACCUGGAAUUGAAAUGUCCACUUUAUCAGGCAUUGUAUCAAUUCUAAAUUCAUUGUUAAGGAAGCAACGUUUAAUAUCAUCAAAAGAUUUAGUAAUUGAAUGGCGUCCUCUCUACGAUAUCUACUGCAAGUUCAUAUUUGAAAGGAAAAAUCUAUUCUUGAUGGGCCAAUCUUAUGGUUUCGAAUCAAAUAUCAGGAGCCUUAUUGAAUUAUCUAGAAAUUAUUUUGCAGUUGAAGCAACUAAAGAGAUUCUUGAUGAACUUCGUCCAGUUCUAUGUCCAUUCACAACUUGUAAAAUAUUUCGUUGCGCUUUUCUACUAGGACUUUUUCUGCCCACUAAGAUGUUUCCCGAACAUCAUGAUAAAGGAUACAAACUCUGGUUUGAUGAAAUCGUGGCCCUUUGGGCAGGACCUAAUGCUAUUCAGUAUGAAAACAUUUUGUUUAAAUUGUUAUCUCGAUUGGCAGUGCACAAUGUUGGCUACAUCGAUUGGACACCAUACAUGCCUACCAUUUUCAACAAAUAUACCAAAGCCAUGAAUAAUUCUGUUAUUCAAUCACCAUUGGCAAUUCUUGCACUUUCUACUGAUUGUUCAUCUUUGGUUAAUUGGAUUGUUGCCAUGAUUGGUGGACCUCAAUCAAAAGCUCUCGAAUACAUUGAAGGUCUUUUCAAAGCAGUAGAAUCAAAUUUCCAUCCUAGUAACAUGUCUCGGUGGAACUCACAAUUAACCAAUAUACUGUCUAGAUUAUCUUUGACUUUCAUAAGACGUAUACAUUGUGAAAGAUACCGUAAAAAAUCAUGGGAACCUAAAGCUCCAAAAGAGUAUCAGAUAACAGAUGCCGAGAUUGACAAAUUUGUUGACAUUUUGCUACCAAUUUUGUUAACAACAAUGUUUUCACGGUUUGGAACUGGAGCUACAUUUACUGCUCUUCGUGAUCUAGCAUGGCUACGACCAGAGAAAGUUAUCCCACCUUUAGUUGAAAAAUUAUACAUUGCUCUCGAUUCUAAUUUAGAAGCUCAUCGACUUAAUUCUCUGAUGUCCGCCUUGACAGUAGUUGGACCUAUUAUGGUUAAUGGUCUUGAUCGUUAUGAAGAUGGUAAAACUCAUCUCAUCAACUUACUUUUUUCAUCACUUCCUGGGCUUGAUUGUAAUGACAUUAAAAAGUGCGGCAACACCUUUGGACUAAUCACUAAUCUGGUAGAUUCUGUACCUUUGAUGGAUUGCUCAGCGAUGAUUGACAUUCGUGAUGACUUGACAGAAAAUGAGUACAACAUUGCUUUGGAAACGGCUCGAUUCGAAGAAUUUGUUUUAAUCUUUCUAGAAAAAGUGUUGACUUUAGUUGAAAAUUAUUCACCAGAACAUAGACCAGAAAAGAUUGAUAAUGAUCCCAUCAAACAAAGUUCAGAUGAAUCGUAUUUCGAGUCAUCCAUGGUGAUUUCUUUAUCCACGGUUCUCUAUCAUUCUUCUCCUCAAAUUUUUGAUAAAGCUUUGGACAAGAUGUUUAUUUUCCUUGGAGGUCGACUUUUUGAAUCUAGGUCUACAAUUAAACUAAUGGCUAUAGUUUGUGAACUUUUUGCUAAGGUUCGCCCGAAGAAAGUUUUAGACAAAUUUAUGCCUUACUUACAUUCAACAAUCAUGGGCUUAACGGAGAAUGAAGAUGUUUUUGAAGAAGAUUCAAUUGAUGUUCAACUUUCAUUAGCUUUACAAAUUGCCUCUGCAAUAGUUGUUGAAGGAAGCGCUCUCGAACAACAUCAACAGAAAAUAAUUGAUAUUGUUAGACGAGGCUUGAAGUUGAAACACAGUCAAGGAUACAAACCCGCUGCUGCUAUCCUUAAAAACUGCUUUGAAUGCUUAACGACAGUUUAUCCAAGCUCGAAAAAUAGUUUCAGUUUAUCAUGGGAACAAUUAUCCGACUUUAAAAAUAUCAAUCCUAUCCGUCUAUGGGGUAUUCACGAAAAAGAGGAUGACAUUGUCAUUGAUUGGUUUGUGCCUUCAGAAACUGAAAUUACAUUUGCACAGAAAUUACUAGAUGAAUUUUUAGUAACUGAAUUACAAUGUCUCAAAGAAUGGACUGAAGAUCAACGGACACUAACUCGUGAGUCAGUUCACAGAAGUUUAAAUGUUGUCCUCUACUGUGUUAGUGGUGCUUUUUGUGUCUUACCUCCUUUUGAUUCGGAUGAAUAUGUUAUCCUUGAUACUCCUGUUCCACCUCCACGUGAACGUGUUCACGAGAUCGGGACCAAACCAUUGUUUCUUUCCUCUGGAGUUAAUCCUCGUCAACUUGUUGCUGAAUCAACGCGAAAAAUUUUAAAGCACAUAAUCAGCCAUUGUGAUGAUGACAUCAAAUCGUUAGAUCUUAUCAUUUGUAUAUACCAAUUUGUCUUAGGAUGGAUGAAAAGUGGACGUUUUAUGAAAAUUAAUCGUGAAAAUUAUUCUGCUAUGAGGAAAAAUUUUGAUAAUAAACUUUAUGGUCGUAAAAAAUUACCAAGAAAAAUUGUAGUAGACAGAGUGCGGAUUCAACAUGAGACAAGAAUGUCUCACAGAGUUUGGGGAAAAUUCACAAAUCUUCACCGUGAUCUGGUUCUUGAUCUCUUUGCUCUUGCAUUGAGUCAUUAUUCUGAAGUUAGAGCUAAAGCUCAUGCAGCUUUAUCUCUAUUCAAACAUCCUUUUGGUUAUCGUUUGAUAGCUUCUGAAUUAACCAAAGUGUUUGCUAAGAAACGUGCCGGAGAAACAGAAGAAAUUCAAGGAGCUCUUUCAAUUCUGCUUAAUCACCAUACAGCUGCUUUUAUGGGAGUCUCUGACUGGGAAUGUGUUACACCAUUGUGGUUGUCUUUAAUCAACACAGAAUACAGUGAAAAGCCAGCAAUUAUUGUCUUAAUUGAGCAACUUAGUAAACAUGCAUUCUCCAAACUUCAACCAUUAUUGAUAAACUUUGAAAUAUCUACUGAACUUCAAAAUAUUGGCAAACAACUUUACACUCGUGGUAUUUUACCUAAUUUGCCUAUGCCUAGUGAGGAGGAAAUCAAUAAAGGAAUGAUUUCAUGUCAAGCCGCCAAUAAAGCAAAUCGUGAUCUUUAUGAAUCGUUUGUUCAUUCGUUGGUUGAUUCAAUUGAAAGUGGAAAACUUCAUUGGCGUCAUUUACAAUUUGCCUUUCUUUUACUACAGUCUCUCAUUCGUAAAGACAUCAAAUUUCCUAUUGAAGGAGUUCGCAUACUUGUUAAAAAUUUAAUUAAUGAUCACAUUUCUAUCCGACGUAUUUGUAUCAAUGGUGUUGCUGCCAUUUUACGACAACACAAACGUAAAAUUGAAUUUGAACAUACUUUUGUUGACUACAACUCUGACGAUGUUAAAUCCUGUGAUUGGCUUUAUAUACGACCAGAAAUUGAUUAUAUGGAUGAAACCGUGUGGAAAUCAACGAAAUUUGUCAAUUCCACAUUUAUAAGUCCUACUUACUGUCCUCAUGAAGGUGUCAAAUAUUACACUGAUGCUCAAGCUUUACCUGCUCGCAAUUUAGACUCUGUUGGUCCCGAUGAAGCUGUAAUCCUUGAAUUUUUCCUAGACAAAGCUAAGGUCACUAAACUUCUGGACUUUAUCACACUUGAUGAUAAAAAAACUAGUUUACUGGGACCAAGGCGAUACAAGCUGUUCCAAGGAUUAUUUUGCAACUUUGGUAUAACACCUUUAGAUUGUUUCCGUGAUUUCCUUGAAAACAUGACUCUUGAAACUAAAGAUAAUAUUCAUAAAUGUGGUUGUGAUAUAUUAACGGGUCUUGUUCGAGGGUCUAAAUAUUGGCCUUACAAAGAUAUCAUUUCUCUGCGACAAUUUUUGGAACCUGUUAUGAAGAAACUAUUGAAAAUCAUUUCUCGUGAAACAACUGAACAUUAUGUUGAAUUUUGUUCCUUUGGUUUUCGUCGGUUGGAUGGUCGGCGUUUCUCUUGGCUACUUUCGUAUCUUAUUGAAGAUCCUCUUUGCUCUAAUGAUACAGCUGCAACUUCAUUCCAAUCUUUUUCACGAUUGAAAAUUUUGAGUGAUGUGCUCACUAGUCAAUGUUGGCGAGCCAUGCCUUAUAUAAGACUUUUAUUUGAUCACAUAUUGAAACAUAAUCAUCUGAAAAACUCAUAUCAAAAUAUACGACAAUUGAUUGGUUGUUCAUUAACUCAAUUAUUACAAUUUGAUAAUGAUUUCUUCAAUUCAGCUAACAAAACUUUGCAAAAUUAUCCUAAAAUUGAUGAACUUUUAGCCGUUGCAUUACCAGAGUUAGAGGCAGCUUGUAUCAACGACAAGCAGCCAUCUUUAUCACCACCAUCUUCAUCACAUUCACCAUCAUCAUCAUCAUCUUCAGAGGUUGUUGUUGUAGAUUCCAGUAGUAAUUCGGUCGAUGAAUUUGAUAAAGAUUGUAGCAAUCUUGUCACAACUAUUUGUUAUUGGAUUCACCCUCAUCUAUCACUGAAUCCUUUCAUAACCAGACCUUUGAUUCUUCAGCUUGUACCAAUUGUCUGUGAGAUUAAAUAUCGUGCAAAAGAUGAUGAGCUAACUGCAUCAGCACAUGAAGCCUUAAAUUCAAUCGGUCAAUGCUCUAUCAAUGAAAAAUUCAUUAAUGCUGCUUUAGGUGUUUGCCAAAAGAUGAAAGUAAAUAAAUCAUGGCAUACUCGAGUUUGUGUUAUUUCAUUUCUCCAAUUGAUGGUUUCAUCCAAUCUUUUUACUCUUAUGAAUGAUCCUGAGCGCAAUCAAACAGUAGCUAAUUUAAUCUUUGAUCUUCUUCAAGACGAUCGUUUGGAAGUUCGAGAAAAGGCCGCCGGUUUACUUGGUGGCCUUAUUCAUUACCAAUUUAUAAAGGUUGAUAAAACACUGAUUAAUCGGUUUAAAAGGAAAUGUGCACGAAAAUUGACUCGAAGUACACAAAACUUCGGCUAUGAUAGCUCCGAGUUGAAUGAAAAACAUGGCGGCGCUCUUGGUUUAUGUUCAAUUGUACAUGCUUAUCCAUAUGAUGUUCCCGAAUUUCUUCCAGAUGUUCUCAUGUUUCUUGGUGAUCACCUUCAUGAUCCUCAACCAAUUCCAACAACCAUCAGAAAGGCUCUCUCAGACUUUAAGAGGACCCAUCAUGACAAUUGGCGUCAACAUAAGGAAAAAUUCAAUGAAGAUCAACUUGCGAUAAUUACAGAUUUACUGGUUUCACCAAACUAUUAUGCCUAAUUUUGUUUCAAUUCAAUCAAAGUCAUGUUAAACAAGCUGAAAAAUUAAACGGACAAAAUGAUUUAGAAAUGAAUAACGACACUAAUAAAUAAUCAUAAUUUUAGAUGGAUCUACCCAUUGGAAAUGAAAAUCAGGUCGAAUGGUUUGACAAAGUUGAAAUCUGGUGAUAAUAAUCAAAGUCAACUAGCCACCCAAUUUGACGUAACAAAACCAUUGGUAUAACUCUUUAUAGAAUCUAAUACGAAAAUAUUAUAAUUAUAAAAAAAUACAAAUGAAUAUUGUUAAAAUUUGAAAAUACUAAGGCAAUAUAAAAUUAAGAAUACACUGAAAA